AUGCCUAAAGUCAAUGUCAAGCAAAAAGCCCGCCAGAAAUAUAAGCAGAUUUCACGUUCGCCGUUUGAGAAUGCUAGGGCUACUCAAAAAGACAGCGACGUGGAAAUGAAUAGCAACAUGAGCGACAGCUCUGAUGAUAUUCCUGAAAAGGAUGAAUCGGAGAAGAAAUUGGAAAAGCUGCUAUUUGGCGACGAUGAGGGUUUUCAAGGCGCGUUAAAAGGCCAAAAGGAGCGCAGCCUUAUGGCUUUAUCGCAAGAAAGCGGCGAUGAGGGCUCUGACGCAGAUCGUGGGGAGAAUGGGGGUGAGGAUCAAGAACUGGAUGGCGUUGAUGAUGCCGAUGUAUCUUUUUUCCUUGAUUCUGGGGCUGGACCCGUUUCCACUGACCUCGCCGAAUCCCCGGAAACACCUUCCGAAACUGAGGAAGAAGAUCUGGAGGAAGCUCCGGCUGUGUGGCAUGAUAGCGACGACGAACUUCUAGCUGUCUCCCUAGCCAGCCAGCAGAGGUUGAGAAAGCUGCGUGUCGCUGAGUCUGAGGACGUGAUUAGUGGCAAUGAGUAUAUUCGACGACUUCGCCGCCAUUAUCAGCAGCUGCAUCCUACACCUGAAUGGGCGAUUCCGGGACAACAAAAGAGCCGGGGCGAUUCCGACUCUGAGCACGCGGACGUCAUGGAUACAGAUGAUGAAGAGCAAACUUAUGCACAGCCUUUGGCCAAGCUACUUCAAGGUGCCACUGAUCUUACCAAGCUCGAGGAUGCAGGCCCA